GCACACAGGUUUGCAGAGCAGACCCUGAAGUCCCUGCUCUGCCAAAUGCAGCACGAGGAUGUGGUGGUGGCAAUGGAACGCAAGUGUGGCUGGGACAAGCUGCUGUGUGCUGACACCUACCACCAUGCCGUGGGUCUGCUGGCCAAGGAGAUGUCCUGUGUCUCCAUCCCCUUGUGCUCCCGGAUCGCUCGCUACCUGCUCCGGCUGCUCAGCACACAGGAGCCACGCUGGGAGCUGCCCUCCCUGGCGUUCUUUGUGGAGGUCCUCAAGUGCCUGGACAUGAGUGAACGCGGUGCUGACAGAGUCCUGCAAAUCUUGUCAAGGCACCUGCAGAGCGGGUGCAGAGAGAAGUGUCACCUGGUGCUCAGAGCCCUUCUUGAUCUCAUCAACAAUCCCUUGAUGAGCAAAAAAAUGUGGAGCCUGACUGAAAGUCUUGUGGAGCUCCUCUGGGACGCAGAUGGAGAGAUAGUUAGCAUGACAGCCAUGCUCCUCAACUUUAUCAUCUUGGAAAAGGACAUGCUGAUACCCAGCCCCAUCGCACUGCAGCUGGUUGAGGCUCUCCUGCCACUCCUUGACCACGACAAUAGCCAGGUGCAGCUGCUCUCCAUAGUGCUCCUUGGAACAUUGGUGACUCUUCCACAAGAAAAGGAAAAAGGGGCUCUGAAGACACACGUGCACCAGAGCCUGCUGCCACUCUUCUUCCACUGCCAUGAUGAGAAUCAGCGAGUGGCACAGGCUUCACAGGAAACGCUUCUGUGUGCGGCCGAGUUCCUGAAGAGGACGGAACUUGAAAAGCUGGUGAAGAGCAAGAAGCUGUGGAAGUUCACAGAGUGGCUGCUGGCAGAGGACAGGAGCAGAGUGGCCGAGCACCUGCGCCGGGCCCUGCCCUACCUGCAGAACCUACAGCAGCCCCUGCGAGAGGCGGCCGUCAGGUUCAUGGGGACGGCCGGGCAGUACCUGAGGGGGAGGACCAAAGAGCUCCAGCUCAUCUCUGAGGCCCUUGAAGGCAUGGCAAAUGACAUCAGUGUCGCCGUCGGAAGCCUGGCAAUUCAAACAUUGUACGUCCUCCAGGGAACAGAGAGAGCUCCAUAUUCCAUCUUUGGCAACCUGCAUGAUCGGCUCUGCAGGGCAUGGAGGAGACGGCCUCGUCUGUCGGGGCUCGGCUGGCUGCGCUGCUGGAGCUCUGCAGAGAGCUGAUC